AAAAAAAAAAAAAAAAAGCAAAUCAACUCUCUUCGUAAUCGAAUCAGAAUAAUUUUAGGAGAAGACGGGAAGAAACCUUUGCUUCUAUGUAUUCUUGAUGAUCUCUAACACUGCUCUCUGCACGUGACCUUUGCAGUGUUUGAGAGACAUUUGUAUUCUCUGGAGGAUUCCGUAAUCUUAUAACGCCACUUUAAGAAUGGAAGAUUGCACUAGGGGCAAGAGUGCAUCUAUCACGGCAGAUUACUUUCUAUCCAACCUUGCUCUUUUUACAACGAUCAUUGUCGGGAUAUUUACUGUGUUUUACACUGCAUCUCAGUGGAAGAAAAUUAGUCUAAGCUGGAUGAAGGCAAUAGCGAGAUCAAAAAGAAAUCAAUCAAAGCACAAAGGUCCUGCUUCAGCUCAUGUCUGGAAAAUAGAAUCCGGUACUCGUGCAAAGGGUCUACAUUGCUGUGUAUGCUUCGAAUCUUUUUCUCCGUCUCAGCCUCUUGGGACAGUUAUAGCCUCCAACUAUUCCUUUCACCGUUGUGAUGUCUGUGGUGCAGCUGCACACCUGACAUGCUCUUCUAAUGCACAUAAUGACUGCAAGUGUGUAUCCAUGUUUGGUUAUAAGCAUGUAAUUCACCAAUGGGUUGUGUGGUGGACAGAAAUGGCAGAUCAAACUGGAGAAAGCCUUUUAUGUUGUUAUUGUGAAGAACCUUGUAGUAGAUCAUUUCUUGGUGGCUCUCCAAUUUGGUGUUGUAUGUGGUGUCAAAGACUUGUGCAUUUUGAUUGUCAGGCAAGCAUGGCUAAAGAAAUGGGUGAUACUUGUGAUCUCGGUCCAUUUAAAAGGCUUAUUUUGUCGCCACUAUUUGUCAAGGACUUGAGAAAAUCUGAAAGAGGGGGGUUUCUCAGCUCUUUCAGCCAUGGUGCAAAUGAACUGGCUUCUACAGUUCGUGAACGUAUCAGAAGUCAGAGUAAGAAGCAUAUGCAUGUCAGUGCCAAUGACUCUCAAAGAGAUUAUGAACAUUCUGAUAGUAUAAAUGAUGCAGCACGUCAAAAUGGUAAACAAGAUUAUAAUGUGAAAGUAGGUCCCACAACAAAUGUGCCAUCCGCAUCAGAUGACCUUCAGAGACGAGCUGAGCAGCAAUAUGAGCUGACAGAUUUAUCUUCUGAUGCCAGACCACUGCUGGUUUUCAUUAACAACAGAAGUGGUGCUCAGCGUGGAGAUUUAUUAAAGCAUCGGCUACACAUUCUUCUAAAUCCUGUGCAGGUUUUCGAGUUGAGUAGAAAUCAGGGUCCAGAGGAAGCAUUCCAUUUGUUCAGAAACGUACCUCGUUUCAGAAUUCUUGUUUGCGGUGGAGAUGGGACAGUUGGUUGGGUACUGAAUGCUAUAGACAGGCAAAAGUUUGAAUCACCUCCACCGGUUGCGAUUCUUCCAGCUGGAACUGGCAAUGACCUUGCAAGAGUUCUGUCUUGGGGAGGUGGUCUUAGUGCUGUUGAAAGACGGGGAGGAUUAUAUACAUUUCUUCACCAUAUAGAAAAUGCUGCAGUUACCCUUCUUGAUCGCUGGAAGAUAGAGAUAAAUUCCCAAGCCUCUCUAGUGCAACCCCUGAGAUUUAUGAACAAUUAUCUUGGUACAUUUAAACAUUUAAACUUUUCCUCUAGAUUAGGUAUAACUUUGUUCGUUUUAACAGGGAUUGGAUGUGAUGCGAAAGUUGCAUUAGAUAUCCAUAAUUUGAGAGAGGAAAACCCUGAAAAAUUUUGUAAUCAGUUCUUAAAUAAAAUACUCUAUGCAAGAGAAGGUGCAAAGAACAUUAUGGACAACACUUUUGCGGACUUCCAAUGGCAAGUUAGACUAGAGGUAGAUGGCGUCGAAAUAGAAAUUCCUGAGGGUUCUGAAGGUGUGCUUGUUACAAAUAUCAGAAGCUACAUGGGAGGAGUUGACCUAUGGAAAAAUGAAGAUGAAAACUAUGACAUAUUCAGCCCACAAUCAAUGCAUGAUAAGAAGCUAGAAAUAGUCAGUAUAGGCGGAACAUGGCAUUUGGGGAAGCUCCAGGUUGGACUGUCUAGUGCUCAAAAGCUGGCACAAGGGCAAUACAUCAAGAUCCAGCUCUUUGCUUCAUUUCCUGUUCAAAUAGAUGGAGAGCCUUGGAUUCAGCAACCAUGCAUUCUUGAGAUAUCUCAUCAUGGACAGGCUUUCAUGCUGAAGAGAUCAGCAGACGAGUCUCUUGGACAAGCAGCCUCUGUUAUCACCGAUGUUCUUGAAAAUGCUGAAAGCGAUGGUGUGAUUACCGCUACACAGAAGAGGGCUCUCCUUCAGGAAAUGGCUCUGAGACUUUCCUGAAAUAUUCCAGCAUUAUGCUCUACAGAGGUACAUACUACUGUAAAGCAUCUUUUUGGGACAUACACUGUAUAAAGCAUAUUUUUUUCUUACUGUAAAGUUAUAAUUGUCACAAAUACUGCUUCUUUUACCAUUUACUUGUAUAAAGUUUGGUUGGGAGGAGGGACUGUUCUUUCUCCCCUUUGUUAGGAAUUGAUAACUCGCAAUCCAACAAGUUUUCUGCUAA